UCCGUCAGUUCAAGUUGAGCGCUCGUGUUGGCCGGUUGUCAGAGACGCGUGUUACCACCAAUAUACCCCAGGCGGUAGCAGUAGCAGUAGCAGUAGCAGCAGCAAGGCUUACACCCAGAGUCUGUAUUUUUUUUGGUUUCCGUUUCUUGCUGGCAGAACGAUACGUUUCUGUAUAGUUCGUGAAGUGUUGUGUGCAAAGCCAAUCCAAUAAAGUCGCAAAGAGACCGAGUCACAAGUGCCCAAAAGUACAGCCAAUAACCCAAUACAACACCCAACAAAACCUACAACUCACACACAGCUACAAAAUGGAAUACCGGUGCUUUAGUAGAAGUUCUGUCAAACACCUAACGGCGCUCUGCGUCAUCAGUAUUGCACUCACAUGCGCCAAUGCGGCGUUAUGGCCCAGCUACAGCAGCAGCGACGAUGCGCCUUCCAGCAGAUGCGCCGGAGGGCGUGGACUGAAAUACCUAUCCGGUGAUGCGCUGACGGAUUCGCCAGACUGUUUGGGCCCCAACAAUGCGCCAUAUCCCAGUGCGGCCGUUGCGCGCACAUUCUCCAACUGGAACGGAAAUUCGCGACGUGGACGCCAGAGCAAAUUGCCGACCACUAUGGAUCCCGCUGUGACCACGAGUGCACUUUUGAGGGCCUACGAUGAGGUAAACAAUGAGGCUAUCGGAAGCAAUCGUUAUGGUCGUUCCCUGAAGAAUGCCUCGCCGGCGCAUCAGUGCAAGAGCGAUACACCGGCGCGUCUGUGCAAGACGCGCUACAACACCACGGCACCCAUGUAUGGCGUUAGUUUGACCUCUGGCCAGCCGGUCACCAUAGUUCAGAAGUUCCCCGAUCUCCUGCAGCAAGUCGUCUUCGAAGUGUGCGAGUCCUCUGAAUGUGAUGUGGUUCGCGGCGAGUGUACGCAAACCUAUGUGCCCUACCUGUUCCUGGUCAUCCCCCUGGGUCCCGUGACGCUAACCGGCCAGGACUAUGUGCUCGUGGAGAGCGGAUGCGUCUGCAAGCCGAAGUACUCGACGGGCGCCGCCCAGGAGCCCAACAUGAUACCGUAGGCGUUGGAGCGUACUACCACCAGUACUACGCCCACCCACUAGGAACACAAACAGCAACCAAAAGAACUGAGCGAGUUUUGGUCGAGGGUCGAAGCUGAGCAGCGGCUGGCUGCCUGGCUAAAUUAAUAUGUACUUAAACAAGGAAUUAUUUUUUGUAGCGAAAUCAAUUUUGCAAUGUUAUUUAAUUUUUUUUUCUAAUCUCCUAUUUCUUCUCAACACUCUCAGCUGUAUAAAAUUGAAAUGCAAUUUUGCUCGAAAAAUAAUCAAAUGCUAAUCUUAAGUUUACAUUUAAACAAAAUUAAAUUAAUGCAUUCAUGCGUUUAUAGUUAUAAUUAUUAGAGCCCCUAAAUAAAAGCAUUCCUUUCGAAAUGUUAA